AUGAGUGUCUUUGAAGACAAGGAAAUCAAAGAAGUUUCUUCCGAGGAAGUCGAGGUCAGAGAUGAUGCCAUUAAGAAGUUCGAUGCUGCUGACUUGGGCGAGAACUUUGACUUUGACAAGGAGUUCCAGGAGUUGGAACUUAUGGCUAAGGAGUCUACCCAGAAAAAGUCCUUGGUUGACAGAUUAUUGUCCUGGGAAGUGAAGCUCAACUUUAAGAACAAGAACCAUAUGGUUUACCUUCUUGGUGCUUUUGCUGCUGCUGCAGGUCUCUUGUCUGGUGUUGACCAGUCUAUUAUUUCCGGUGCUACUAUCGGUAUGCGUAAGGACUUGAACCUUACCGACCACGAACAAUCGCUUAUUUCAUCCCUCAUGCCUUUAGGUGCGAUGGCUGGUUCCAUUAUCAUGACGCCUUUGAAUGAGAUCUUUGGAAGAAAGCUUUCGUUGAUCAUUUCUUGUGUUUGGUACACUAUUGGUGCCGCUUUAUGUGCUGCUGCUCAGGACCACCACCUCAUGUACGCCGGUAGAUUCAUUUUGGGUGUCGGUGUCGGUAUUGAAGGUGGUUGUGUGGGUAUUUACAUUUCUGAGUCUGUUCCUGCCAAUGUCAGAGGUAGCAUUGUUUCCAUGUACCAGUUUAAUAUUGCUUUGGGUGAAGUGCUAGGAUAUGCUAUUGCUGCUAUGUUUUAUUCUGUCCAUGGCGGCUGGAGAUUCAUGGUUGGUUCGUCUUUGGUGUUUUCUACUCUUUUGUUCAUUGGUUUGUUCUUCUUGCCUGAAUCGCCUCGUUGGUUGGUGCACAAAAACAGAACUGGCAUGGCUUACGAAGUCUGGACCCGUUUGAGAGAUGUCAGCGACGACAAGAACAAGCUUGAGUUCUUGGAAAUGAGACAGGCUGCCCGCCAGGAACACGAGAGAAAGGCCAACACUUCGAGAUUCAAGACUUGUUACGAUUUGUUUGUUAUUCCUAGAAACAGAAGAGCCUUGAUCUACGCUGUGAUGAUGGUUACUUUGGGUCAAUUGACUGGUAUUAACGCUAUCAUGUACUACAUGUCUACUUUGAUGCAAGGUAUUGGUUUCGACGAAAAGAACUCUGUGUUCAUGUCUCUUGUUGGUGGUGGUGCUUUGCUUAUCGGUACUAUUCCUGCCAUUUUGUGGAUGGACCGUUUCGGAAGAAGAGUCUGGGGUUACAAUAUCAUUGGUUUCUUCAUUGGUUUGGUGCUCGUUGGUGUUGGUUACCGUUUCGACUUCAACACUCAGCAAGCUGCUGCCGAGGGUGUUUACUUGACUGGUAUCAUCAUGUACAACUUGUUCUUCGGUGCUUACUCCACCUUGACCUGGGUUGUUCCAUCUGAGUCUUUCGCUUUGGACACCAGAUCUUUGGGUAUGACCAUCUGUUCCACUUUCCUUUACUUGUGGUCUUUCACCGUCACUUAUAACUUCACCAGAAUGACUGAAGCUAUGACAUACACUGGUUUGACUCUUGGUUUCUAUGGUGGUAUUGCAUUCCUUGGUUUGAUCUACCAGGUCUUGUUCAUGGCCGAGACUAAGGACAAGACUUUGGAGGAGAUCGACGACUUGUUCAACAUGACUCCAUUCGAGCUCGCCAAGCAAAACUUGAUUAACCUCAAGAACGGAAAACCAUAA